GGCGGUUACAGAAAGCAACAGAGGACACCGAGGGCUUCAGCAAGUGUGUGCUAGGAGGGGACACCCCUCUCACAACCCAAGGGCAAGGGAAGAAGGCUCUGCCCCCAGCACAGAAAGGAAAAGGUCAGCAGGAGCCCUGGAGGACAAUGUGUAUGUCCGGAUAAUCAAGAAAGAGACACCUAAGGAAGACGUGGAGCUCUAGAAAGGCCAGAGUGUGCUGGGGUGCGUGUGAUCUGUGAGCAGCCAUGGAAGAAACCUACCUGCUGAAUGUGGAAGGGGUCAAAAAGAAGAUUCUGCAUGGAGGCCAAGGGGAGCUGCCCAAGUUGCAGGAUGGGAGCAAGUUCACCUUCCACUUCCAGACGCUGAAGGAUGACUUUGAGCGGACGGUGAUCGAUGACAGCCGGGAGGCUGGCAUGCCCAUGGAGAUCAUCGUGGGCAAGAUGUUCAAGCUGGAGAUCUGGGAGACGCUGCUGAGCUCCAUGAGGAUUGGGGAGGUGGCAGAGUUCUGGUGCGACGCCAUUCACACAGGCAUGUAUGCCCUGGUCUCCAGGGGCAUGCGGAGGAUCGCAGAGGGACGGGACCCCCUGGAAGGCCAGAAGCACCGCUGUGGCAUGGGCAACAUGUUUGACUACCACAGCACGGGCUACGAGGACCUGGACGAGCUGCAGCGGACGCCACAGCCUCUCAUCUUCAUCAUGGAGCUGUUCCGGGUGGAGGACCCCUCAGCGUACAAACGUGACACCUGGGCCAUGAGCAAGGAGGAGAAGCUGGCAGCAGUGCCCGUGCUGCACAGCGAGGGCAACCGCCUGGUCCUGCGCAGGGAGUUCGCACAGGCGGCCGCCAAGUACCAGGAGGCUGUCAUCUGCCUCAGGAACCUCCAGGCCAAGGAGAAGCCGUGGGAGGAUGGCUGGCUGAAGCUGGAGAGCCUGGUCACGCCGCUGGUGCUCAACUACUGCCAGUGCCAGCUGGAGCUCGGCGAGUACUACGAGGUGCUGGAGCACACCACGGAGCUUCUCCAGAAGCACAAUGACAAUGCCAAGGCCUAUUUCAAGCGGGCAAAGGCCCACGCUGCUGUCUGGAACGAGAGGGAGGCACGGGAGGACUUCCAGCGCGUGGCUCACCUCGACCCCUCCAUGGCGGCUGCGGUGAAGAAGGAGCUGAAGCAGCUGGGGGAGAGGAUGAGGAAGAAGCACGUGGAGGAUCGGAAGCGCUACCAGGGCCUCUUCCAGUCCUCCCAGGGUCUGAAGGCCCGUGAGGGGCGGGAGAGCAGGGAGGUGGGUGAUGGGGCUCCUCAGGGUGAGGCUGGGGUCCGGGAGAGCCCUGGGCAGGGGGAGCAGGGCGCUGAGACCGGAGCAACAGAACGGCCCAGGGCUCCCCAGGCAGAACAAGAGACCCCCAGGGCUGGGGGGGAAGGGGCAGCACCAGGAGGAGGAGAGGCCCGGGGAGAGCCUGUGGGAGAAGAGGGGGAAGGCAGGGAGCGCACAGCAGCGGGGAAAGAUGAAAACCUGGGCACCUGUGGGGCAAAGCCAGAGAGCCUGGGAACAGAGGAGGAAGAAGAGAAAGAGAAGGAGAGGGAAGAGGAAGAAGAGGAGGGGGAAGAGAAGAAAGAGGAAGAAAAAGAGGAGAGCAAAGAGGUAAAGGCAGAGAGGGAGGGAGAG